AUGACUCCGAAUCUUGAGAGGUUAAUUCUUAUUGGAUGUCAUGAUUUGACAGAGAUUCAUGCGCCCAUUGGAUGUCUAGAAAGGCUUGUUCUCGUAAAUUUAAUUGGUUGCUCAUGGUCUGUAUCUUUUUCUUUGCUUAAAAAGUUGGAAUCACUUGUGCUUCUAAGUAUACCUGAGUUAUCUGUGGCUGCGAAGUGCUUGGAGGAAUUCCCAAGGGACACCACAAACAAUCUACCAAUGCUACGGUUUGCAUUCCACUAUUGUAAAGAACAAACCUUGUCAACCGGAAUUGAUUCUAAGGCUGUCGUUCUAGAUCUCCAACCUUGCACAAAACUUGAGAGUGUUUCAGGAAGCAUUUGUGGUUUACAACAUCUAAGACGCCUUAGAUUCUAUGGCUGUAUUCCAGAGUUGCCUAAUGACCUUGACCUGUUGAAAUGCUUAGAACAGCUCAAUUUGGUGUCUACACACAUCAAAUUUCUUCCUGAUAGCGUUUGUAUGUUGAAACACCUAAAAUCUCUCACACUUAAAGAUUGUUGGUAUCUUGAAGAGUUACCGGAGAAUCUUGGUUGGUUAAAAAAUUUAGAGGAGUUGAGUUUGUCGUCUGCAAGUCUUCGACGUCUUCCAAAUAGCAUUUGCAUGCUGAUUCAUCUGCAAUCUCUAAUACUUGAAUCUUGUGUGCUCCUUGAGAAGUUACCCGAGGAUAUUGGCCAAUUAGAAUGUUUAGAGAUGCUGAACCUGACCAAGUGUUUAUCUUUAGGAGAUAUUCCAAACAGCAUAUGUAACUUGAAAUGUUUGAGAUUUCUCUUUCUUGGCUUUUGUAGUAAACUUGAGAAAUUGCCAGAGGAUUUUGGAAAUCUAGAGCUUUUAGAAGGUUUAGAUAUAUCGUUAACACGAAUAAGUCGUCUUCCACACAUUUUCUUUUUCCGUUUUCGGUUUUCAUUGGAAAAUUUACAAAAUGCGUUUAAAAACGGUAGCAGUGGUAGGGUGGGCGUGGGGACGGUGGCGGUGGUGAGGGCAACGACAGGGGGACAGGCGGUGGUGCUGGUGGCGGCAAUUGUGGCAGUGGUGGUGAUGACGGCGGUGGUGGUGGUGGUGAUGGGGUAG